AUGGCGCCCAACGCCAUUGGCCGGCUCCUUCGCCAGACCCCAAGCACACUCCAGCAAUCAUUGAACUUCACACAAAAACGAAGCUGGUCAGCAAGAACGAUUCCCACAUUAUCUCCGACACCAUCCCCCGAACUCGAUCAUAUCCUCAACCGGUUCCGUGAAGAGAUGUUCAUCCCAUAUGCACUGAAUGUCAGCCAACGUAACCUGAUAUAUCGCCCGCGCAAUGCGAAUAAAUUAAACGGACACCCGGUCAUCGUGCCAAUUGGCGCGAAUGAAGAAUCUUAUCAACUUCGCUCAAUCGACGUAUUCUCACUACCAUCAACGAAGGACGUGAUUCGUGUGCUCUCCCUAAUGCAUGAAACGAAAGAUUGGUCAAACUUAGCCACUUUCCUUACCGGAAUCCACAAGAGUAAUAGGAAUGUCUCACUGAACCGCUGGGAAUGGUUGGUACGGAAAGCGGGAGAGUCGAACGGCCUUGGGCAGCUCCUGAAGUGCGCCCAACAAUCAAAGUCAACUCGAUUCGAACUUAAGAACAAUUCUCUUGUGGAGCGGCUUUUCUUUGAGCUUCAUUCGAUGGGUCAACGAAAUGGCUUUGCUGGGCCCGGCAUCGUGAAGGUCAAUGGCCUUGCGAAGUCGUUUGCUCUUCUGAUGGAAGCCCCAGAACAUGCUGUCCAUGAGUUAGAAAACGACCCCAAAAAGAACCCCCUCGUCAUUGGAACUUUGUUAGAGCUUAGCGCUGCUAAGGCCUUGAGUGAAGGCGGCACUGAUGGAGUCCGUGAAGUUGAAUCUCUUACGCAGCGCCUUCUUGCCAGCUGGAAAACCCAGGACCUAAGUAAAGAAAGGAAGGAUUGGUACUCUAUCGAUCAUCUUUUGCAGCAACUCGUGCCAACUUACAAUGGCUUGAAGCUUGCCUUGCAACUGGACGGUAUUGCGAAUAACAAGCAAAUUUCGUCAGGAUUGAAGACGCGCACGAAUGAGUUUGGGAUGCUCAUCGCAAAGUUCAAGAAAGCGGUACCCAAGCGGGUCCAGGAGAAACCCACAGUCGGCCUUAAACAGGCCCAGCUACUGCAUCAGAACUAA